AGUUACAAGGGGCGAUUGAUCAAUUUUCUGUCGUUUUCAUGCUUGAGUGCAGAUUUAUUACUUCUCAGAAUUAUAAUUCAAAAAAUCCCUUUAUUUGGAACCAACCAUGUAAAUAUGACUCGGUUUGAUGUAAGAUGGCGACGGUUAUUAUGCUUGGAUUUGGAACCUUCUGUCAGCGAUUUUAUCGUCGUCUGCCGACUUUGUUGAAGAUAAAUAGAAAAGCUACACUUACCAUCUACUGAGGUUAAUUCAUAUUGAGCUCAAUUCUUUGUAUAGAUCAGUUCAUGCAACAAGCCAAGCCAAGGUCAUCAGCUACUUACAUGUCAACAAAGACAGGAUUUUUAACCGCAGUGUAUGAUUAGCCACAGUACAUUUGCCACCAGUGGAAUAUCCUAACUUGUAUUGGACUGGUGUUAUUGUUGACCAAUUCAAAAGGUCAAACCAAAGGUCACCCAACCAGGAAGUAUUCAGCUCCUUGUGUAUUAAACACUUCCUGACAAUGUAAAAAAAAAAAUUGACUACAGACUUGUCAAACAAUGUGAUUUUAUAAAGCUAAGUAGCAAAGUGAUCCAAAGUAUGCACCCCAGCAGAAACUGCUUGUGACAGCUGGCUGGGCAUAAUGGUGAAGGAUAGCGACUCUUGUCUCGCCAAUCCGAAGUACACGCAGUGGAUUCUGGAAGCCAUCUCCAAAAUCAAGAAGCAGAAGCAGAGGCCCUCACAGGAUCGCAUCUGCCAUGUCGUCCACUCCAACCGGGGAUUGAGUGAGACUCUGGUGUUGGAGCAGUUGGACCUCAGCGUCAAAGAUGGCAAUAUUUCCAAGGUGAUCAACAAGGGCGUGGCCUCCUUUAGGGACGCGGAUGUAGGGAGGACAAUGAAGAAGCGCGGCCCGUUGGCCGCGAGCUUACCAAACAGAAACUCAAACAUGCUCAAGUUAAUGCAGAACGCCAUCGUCAAUCUGGGCGAUAGCGGAUCGACGUUGAAGAGCAUUGAGCGAUACAUCCGCCAAUCGCAUGCGGACAUUGAUCAUGGUGAGCUGACGUCACAAAUACGGCUGGCCGCUAAAAAAGGGGCCAGUAAUGGCAAACUUUUGAAAGAUGGUCGCAUUUACAAGAUGCCAAAGUCGCUGAGUGGAAACACUCGUUCUAAGGAAACUGCGAGUAGUAGCACCUCGGUGAAUUCAAAGGAUGACCGCCAAGUUGCCCCUCCUAUGGCCGUGUGCAGCUGUUGCCAGGCGACAGCUGAGUGUAACAGGGAGGGCAAGCCCGAACAGCUGUUGUCCUGCGUGGACUGUGGAAACAGCGCUCACCCAUCCUGUCUGAAGUACUCGGCCGCGCUGACGGAGAGGGUCCGACAAAUCCAUUGGCAGUGUGCCACCUGUAAAACAUGUGCAAUCUGUGACAAGAGGGGAGAUCAGGAGCUGAUUUCAUGUGCAUGGUGUGGUAGAGGACAUCACAUGAGCUGUGUCAAACCACAACUCAAAAGAGUUCCCAAAGGUCCGUGGAAGUGUAAGCCUUGUAAAACUGGAAAGUGGCAAUCCAUUAAGACGUUAUCAUUGUCGUCUUCGUCGUUGACGUCGUCUGGGAGCGCACCGAUCGGCCUGAAGAGAAGCUACCAGUCCAAGCUGGGAAAAGCCAACAGGUUGAAGCUUCAGUCUGUUAAGUCCGCCCCUCGAAGAACAGGCUGCUCCUUUCCAGGGUGUAAUGGUACAGGUAACACCAAUGGCAAAUCAAAGCUGCAUAAGUCGCUCUUUGAAUGCCCAAGAUGCCCCCCAGGUAAGCGACCCCCAAAGCCAGGGAACCGUAGGCUAGGCGGCAAUUACUCAUCAACAUCAAUGGGAAAGGGUUCCACCCACACCCCUAAGACCCCCAACAGGUCUCAAACACACCCCAACCCUCAGGCACCCACUGAGGUAUCCGAGGCACCAGAUUCAUUUUGUACGCCCACAUUGGAGCCAGAUCAGCCCCCGGUGCUGACACUGCCUCAUUACUACGACCCCAAGUACAAACCCAAGGGUCUCGUCGACGGAUUGAGUCGCUUCUUUACGCCGACCAACCGGCGGAAGUCCAGAAGCUCUUCGCAGUCGAGCAUGGGCUUCUAUCCGAUCAGUCCCCCGCCCAAACCCCGCCCUGUGCAAAAGUCUAACAGCGACCCCAUACCUCCAUCGUCACGACCGAGUGGAGGAAUGAAACCAGUAGAAGCAGAAACCAAAGAGAAAGUCUGUGCUCCCAUUCGUGAGGAAACUUUGUCGAGUGGCGGGAAGCAGAGGACUUGUCCACCGCCCAUGACAAGCUUCAACGGUGUUGCCAUGCACCAGCAGCAGCAGCAGCACCAACAGCACCUGCAGCAGCAGCAUCAGCAGACACCCCAGGCAGCUGAAGACAAGUCACACUCCAAUUCCUCGUCACCACACUCGCAGAUCAUGCGCACGGGUAGCUCGCAGCUGAAGAGUCUAUUUGACGGCUUGUCCCAUCUCUACGCCGCUCCCACGGAGCCUCGAAAGCGUGGACUGUACGGUUUCCCGCCGAUCUACAGCCCGCAGAAGAGACCGCGUAAGACGCCGGUGGACAAGGUUUCCCCAAACGGGAGUAACAAUAAAAAAAACGGGUCUUUGAAAUCGCGCGGUGGUCUGUCGGCCAGCGCAUCAAAGAUUGUGAAGAAAGCGCGGGCGGCAAUGGGAUCUAAGAAGACCAGGUCUGUUGGGGCGGUGGCCUCGGUCCAACGGCAAAUUGCUGUCAAGAAGAAGUCAAGCAAAUCGGGGACGUCGACACCAACGGAUAGUGUGACAUCCUCGAAGCCGUCGACCAGCACUAAGAAAUCCAGUAAACCGUCAUCUGAUUCCCCGGUCUCGGCGGCGACAACGACGACAGCCGCUGCGGCCCCACCGAAGCCGUCGCUUCCGCGCGGCGUCACUGACCGCGACGUGGAGAUGUUUCGGCAAGCGCAGGAGAGAGCCCUGAUGGUAAUUAUGUCAGACUACUACAAACAAGCCACAGCGGGUCAGACGAGCAGCUCCGAGCCUCAGCAGCUUGACCAUCAGAGUCGCUCACCCAGCUGCAUCGAGUUUGGCCAAUACCACCUCCAGACCUGGUACUCGUCACCCUAUCCUCAGGAAUACGCCAGAUUACCAAAGCUGUUCUUGUGUGAGUUCUGUCUGAAGUACAUGAAGAGCAGGAGUAUCCUGGUCAGACACCUGGCAAAAUGUGGUUGGUACCACCCGCCGGCCAAUGAGAUCUAUCGUCACAACGACAUCUCUGUCUUCGAAGUGGACGGUAACAUCAGCAAGAUAUACUGUCAGAAUCUGUGUCUUCUGGCGAAACUUUUCCUCGACCACAAAACUCUGUACUACGACGUCGAGCCGUUCCUCUUCUACGUCCUGACCAAGAACGAUUCAAAAGGAUGCCACCUUGUCGGUUACUUUUCUAAAGAGAAGCACUGUCAGCAGAGGUACAAUGUCUCUUGCAUCAUGACGUUACCGAUGUACCAACGGAAAGGAUAUGGAAGAUUCCUCAUUGAUUUCAGUUAUCUGUUGUCGAGACAAGAGGGUCAACCAGGCACCCCAGAGAAGCCCCUGUCGGACCUUGGGAGGGUCAGCUACUGCUCCUAUUGGCGUAGCGUCAUCUUAGAGUUCCUGGACAAGAACGGAGAUAACAGACAGAUCACCAUCAAGAGCAUCAGUCGAGCUACAGGGAUGUGUCCUCACGACAUAGCAUCAACGCUACAAUCACUUAAGAUGGUAACCAAGAAGGAUGACAGGGUUGUACUAAAGCUUAGGCACAAGAUAAUUAAUGAGCACAAGGCCAAGGUUGUUCGGAGUAGACGUAUCGAGCUGGAGGAGGACUGUCUAAGAUGGACGCCCCUGGUGGUCAGUGGUAUGGCCAUCAUGGAGGAAGAGAAAGAGGUCAAACGAGAGGUUGCAAUGAUGGGCGCUCUAGUGAAUGACAUUGAUGAGGAGAGACGACGUCUCGACUUCUCUCCCAAGUCAUCUCCUCAGAAGACACUAAUGAGGAGUCCACCCAGACCCCUGAAGACGCCUCUCAAAGGUAGCUUGAACGUUGCCGCCCUCAAGACCUCAGAUCCCUCCCAGUUGAAGUCAACCCUGGCUCUCCCGCCCAAAUCCCCACCACCAAAGACACCGCCGUCCCAGUCCAAGCUGAAGAAGACGUCCAAGUUCAAGUUGUUGACGCCCAAGAAGUCGUCCACGUCAUCGGACAAGUCGCUGAAGUCUCCCAGCGGCAGCACCUCCUCAAAGAAAUCAAAGAAAUCACACUCUGAGAAAACCUCGGAGAAGGACUCUGAAGCCACCAGCAAGUCGACAACAUCAAAUUCAAAGUCAGGCAAGAAAAAAUCGCUCAAGUCGUCCAAGUUGAAGUCAAGCAAAGACAAGUCGAAGAGCAAACUUAGCAAGUCUAAGUCAAAGACUGAUUCCGAGAAGACGUUCCUCUCAGAGGGAUCGUCGCCGGGAAAGUCCAAAAUGAAGGUCUAUCGUAAAUCACGGACCAAGUCGCGGCUUAAAGCCCAUCGUCGUCACCGGAGCCAGAAGGUCAACCCUUCCUCUAGGUUAUCACCUGAUACAGACAGUGAUGAUGCGCCUUUGCAUACUAUUAAACCAAAGCAGCUAACGGGUCUUGAGAAACGGAGCUCAACGGAUGUCUUGGGUGAUAGCUGUGACAUACCACCGCCCGAACUUACAAAGGAAAAGGUUUACUUGAGGAGGAAGUAUGGGAAGAAGCGUCGACGACGGAUCCCAGUCCUAGAGUCGAUCAUAACCGAUCCCCUCAUGAAAGAACCAGACGCUAAGAGACCAAGACGGCACGAGCCCCCCAGUGAGGCAGAAAGCAAGAAAACCAAAGAGACCCCAUCCACUAAGUUGAAAGUUGAUGGAAAGAAGACCAACAAGAAACGUCAAAGGCGGAAGGCUGAGCCAAACGGCAACAUCGGUUCAGAAGACGACUUUAUGAUGCCGACCAGCACCACCGCUGACAAAAUCAAGAGUAAUAACAACGAAGGACCCAGGCCCGUCACACGAAAGUACACAAAGCGAAACAAGACUGCGCCUGUGACAACUCAAUCUAAGGCGAGCACAAUACCUUUAAUACCGUUGCCAAAAAACGAAGAGCCCGUGACCCCCGCCUCGGGAAAACGUGGGUGGCCUAAGGGGGUCAAGAGGGGCUUACAGGACAAUAUAAGGCCACUUCCUCGACGCAAAAAGAAAAAACAGCGUGGCUGGCCCUGGAAGGGCAAAAAGAGGCGGGCACCGCCCGUGCCGAGAAACCCGGAAUCGGAUGGCAAUGACGCGGAUGACUCCAGCCAAUCUGAUCAGGAUGAUGAUUGUGACAGUACUGUAACCUCCUCAAAGAGUUCCGUGUCGACAGGGGAGUCCCUUUAUAUGUUGCCGCAGAAUACGCGACGUUGUGUUGAUGGAAAAUGCAGUACGGACGAGGAUGAUGAUGAUGAUGACGACAUUGUCGAUGAUGACAUUGUUGAUGAUGACACUGUCGAUGAUGACAUUGUCGACGAUGACACUGUCGAUGAUGACAUUGUCGAUGAUGACAUUCUAGAUGACACCGUUGAAGACAGUCCGAAAAUAAACGGCUGUGAGGAGGUGACUAGCCCCUGUGAGGUUCUCCGCGGAGGAGUUCCACCCAAGGAGGAUAGCCUCGUCAAAGACACUCCCAUCAUCACCCUCAGUGACUCGGAUUCGGACCUCGAUAAGAACAGGCAAAGUAACCACGUGGUUGAGAUUAAUACAUUCAAUCACACCGCCAAAGUCAGUGAUGAUCUUGACGAUGAGAAAGACUCAGAUUUAGACUCUGAUUUGUCGGACGGACUAGACAUUCGAGAGCAGACUUUGAGUGAUACAAUAAAAAAAGCAGCGAGUGUGUUAGAUAACGAUCUGGAAGACAAUUGCGACGAGAGGAAAUCGUCAGAGAGUCAUGAUGAAAAUGGCGUAGCAUCUUUUAAGAGUGUCUUCUCUAAUGAGUCUAGUGAUGCUUUCGGUGAAGACACUGAAUUGAAUAAGUUUGAUCUUACAAACACCAACGCUAGAGCGGAACCGUCUCCAGAAGCAGAAGCUGUUCCUUACAAGGAAAGUGAUAACAGUGAAAGUGAAGAGGAAGUUGCAGCUAAACCAGCUGCGGAAUCAGAAAAUGAAGAACCUGCGGAAGAAAAUGAGAUUGACCUGACUGAAAAUAAAGAGAUAUCAGAUGCGCCUGUAAGCGGUCUUUCGGAGCUUUCAGAGGAGAAAGAGCGAAACGGUAGUGACAGUGUAUUUGAGGAUGAAGGGUCACCUAAGUGUAGCAAGCAAGAUGAGGCAACGUUGAUAGAGACUGCGGAAGCUGUGGAAUCUAUCAUGGACGUUAGCGUCAUACAGGAUGAAGAGACAGAAGCCAUGAUGCGCUCCUAUGAGAGGUUUGAAGCGGAGAAUCCUCUUCCUAAUGAUGAAGAACAUCAGGACGACGAGGAGAGUGACAAGUUUGUUGCGGAUGAUGUACAAGACGAAGAGCAGAUUCCCAUGGAACAGGAGUUACCACCAGCUGAGCAGAAACGGCCAGAUCUUGAGGAGACCCAUCCCUUGGAGGAAGACCAGCACGGAGGACGGCAAAUUGCGGAGGACGUCUCUGAAGAAGUGUGUCCGAGGAUAUUGGCUGAAGGAGUCCCCAGUCAGAAUCCUCCAUCCCAAACAUCUCCUUAUUCUGAGUUGUGUGAGCCUGUAGAGCCACUGCCUGUUCAGAAUCAACCAGAACCGGAAAGUGUUUUUACUGACAACCAAAUCCCGAAACAGAACAACAACGAAUCUGUUCGACAGUUGGAUCACAUGGAAAGUGACAAAUCCUCAUUAAUGCCUUUGCCACAGGAAGACGGGACUGCUUUGAGUCAAGACACUCACACGCUAACGCAAGAAACGGGGAAACUUAUCAGCAUGGCCACAAGAACUAGUGACGCGGAUCUAGCCUCAGAUCCCCUAUAUGGUAAUAUGCCUAUGGAAACAGACAGUACAGCACAUGGGCCAUCUAACUUGCCAGAUGGACUUCAGGGCGAGGCCGUGAAUAUGACUCGCCAGUUGUCUUGUGAGCAACAAAUGGGAAGGUUACAACACGAACUUCUUCCUUCAUGCAGGCAUGUUCAGCAUCCGUUCCGCAACUCCUGCAUGCAAAUUGCAGAGAUCUGCGAAGUGGAACAGAGUGAGAUGAUUGGGGGAAACAGUGGGAUGGGAAAUCAAAUCAUGACCGGCACUAACAUGGGGACCUCACAGAUGCCAGGGCAGCCCGGUUUAAACCAGCAGCCCAGUUUAAACCAGCAGCCCAGCUUAAACCAGCAGCCAGCGUGUAGCCCUAGCAUGAGCAGCAAUAGCUCUCAAGUCUGUAGCCCCGGUAUGGUUAAUCAACAGCAGCAAGUGUGUAGUCCUAACAUGAUUGCCAGUCCCCAAAUGUGCAGCUCAAACGUCAGCCCACAACAGAUGCAACCCAGCAUGAGCCCACAGUUGCCAAGCCCACAUCAAGUGAACAGCAUGAACAGUCCGCAGAUGAACGUAAGUCCACAGAUGUCAUGUGUGAGCCCUCAUCCGGUGGUGGGCAAUAUGAACAGUCCACAAAUGAGCAGCAUGCACAGCCCACAGGUUAACAGCAUGCAGAGUCCGCAAGUAAACAGCAUGCAGAGUCCGCAAGUAAACAGCAUGCAGAGCCCACAGGUAAACAGCAUGCAGAGUCCAACUGUAUGCAGUCCGGCGGUUAACAGUGGGCAGCAAGUCUUGAGCCCUGCUAUGGGCAAUGUACAGGCCUGCAGUCCAGGCCUUGCGAACACUCAGGUGCGGAGUCCAGUUUUGAACAAUCCUUCGCGGAGUCCAGCCGUCAACAGUGUCCAAGUAUGCAGCCCAGCUAUGACAAAUGCUGUGUGCAGUCCUACCAUGAGUAAUUCAGUGUGUAGCCCUGUGAUGUCCAUUAGUAAUAGUGUGUGCAGCCCAACAAUGAGUAAUACUCAGGUGUGUAGCCCCAAUAUGGCCAACUCUCAGAAUGUGUGUAGCAGCCCGCAAAUGAACGGGGUGCCCAUCAACAAUCAGGCAUGCAGUCCGCAAAUGGGAAGCCCCCAGGUGUGUUCUCCGGGAAUGGCCGCACAGCAGGCAUCGUGUAUGCAGGCAAAUGUUGGUCAUUCACCCACACGUCGCAACAGCCUUAAGACCAACAGACAGUACAACGCCGGCCAGGCUUCACAGCGACGGAAGUCUACCAGCACCAGUUGUAAUUUAGCCAUGCUGCAGAAGAUGACCAAUGAUAUCAUGCCCAAUCCACCAAUAACAUUACCACGGUCCCCGAAGCCCACGGCUAAUCUUACCCCUCCACAGAACCCAACACCCCCACUGAUAGCCACAACGACCCCGCCGCCGCCUCUGCAGCGUAAGCAAACUCCGCCCAUCGCCAACACUCAAAUCAACAGAGUGUCGGAGAUGCGUCCCCCUCAGGUAAACGCCUGGUCUCCUAUGCAGCAGCAACACCAGCAGCACCAGCAGCAGAUGCAGUUGCAGCAGAUAGGCGGGCAGAUGAAUGAGCAGAUCGGAUUUAGAAAUGUCGCCAUGGAGAACCAUCAACUGCAAAUGCAGCGGUUUCCUUAUCCUCACCACCAGCAGCAGUACCCGUCGCAGCAGUACCACCACCACCACCAGCAGCCGCCGCCGACGCCGCAAGCCCAGCAACACCAACAGCAGCUUCAUCAACUGCAACAACAUCAGCAGCAUACGCAGAUGCAGAAUCAGAAUAUCCCAAACCACCCUCCGCGUCUGGCGACCCCUCCCUCCCACAACUCAAGUACUCACUGCAACAUGCCAGUCAUGCAGCAGCAUGUCUGUAAGAACACUUUUCAGCCCCAUCAGAACCCCCCACUGCGGCAGCAGCAGCAGCAGCAACCACAGCACCAGCAACCCCAACACCACAACUACAACUAUAUGCAGGGGUAUCCAACACAGCAGGCCACCUUAAAUGGUUACGUUGGACACACACAGCCUGUGAUGCAUAAUGCAUAUCAUAAUGCGGCGGCCCAAGGGUAUAUUGAGCCACCCCCUGUCCAUAUGGUUAACGUCCCAACACCACCACAGCAUGUGUACCAACGCUACAACAUCGGUAAUCACAGUCAAGCAAUGAUGAGGCGGUAACAGAAACAGUCCAUGUUCAAAAUCACAUCGAAAAAUCUCAGAGUUUACGAGAAAGGUGCAACAUUUGAUUCAAACAGUGCACUGCAAUUUAAGAAUGAUCAACAAUCUAGAAUUUACUUUAUAAUGCCCAGUGAGUAAAUUUAACGGUACAAACUUGGUGCUUUUAUCUUCUCCAGCUAAAAUGACUGGCCACACUCAUGACAAAAAAAGAAACAACAACAAAUAACCUUUCAAGGACACUUUCACACAACUUAAAAUGGUUAUGUGGACAGUAUCCAUCUGACCAUUCACAAGGUUCAGUAUUUUAUCUUUGCUUUAAAGGAACUGGACACGCUUGGUAAUUGUCAAAGACAAGUAUUCACACUUGGUGUAUCCCAACACAUGCA